UCCUGCAGGGCAGCUCAGAGUGCCAGGGUGCCAAUCCAAUCCUCCUCAACACCUAAGCCUGAAUUUUACAGAGGCUGCAAUGAUCUCCUCCUCUGUAACCUCUGUGAAGCAAGCCCAUAUAUGUGAUGAGCUGGUUCUUCUUUUGACCCUGUCUCCCUUCUUUUUCCCUUAUCCUGCCCCCAUCAGGAUCCCUCCAUUCUCUCCCUCACUGCACUACUGUCCACCCUGCUCCUUCACUAAGGUGAAUGCUACCCUACUUCUACCUGACACUGUUUCAGUUUCUUCACAAAACAGAUUUUGCAAUGAGCCUGAUCCCUUUACACAUGAACAUCUGUCUAAAGAAAGCUUCAUUCCCACAAAUGGCCAUGGAAAAUUAGUAUGAGCCCAGCAAAUCAAAAUUGAGCAGAUUUCCCCACUGUGCACUCUAAGCAGGAGUAAGGCCAGUCAGGAAAGUGCAUAGCUCAGCACCUCUGAGGAGGAUUGUGAUUAGGUCCGUGUCUCCUUAAAUAUGCCCAUUCUCCACCCAUGCCCAGCGACUUUUAUGCCGUACUAAUUUUGUGCAAGCAAAAAGUCAUACAGGGGAUGAGAUUUAAGUACAACUCAGUGUCAAGGGAUAUGACCCAAGCUUAACCUCACUUGCACACAAGCACAGCCUCCACUUGCAGUUGUACUGUAGCACAAACUUGCAGGCCCUGCUCUGCACAAACAAAGAACCUGCAGAGCCAAAGACUUAAUAAAAUAUGUUCUCACAUUGGUAUAAGGAUUUCAUUUUCUAUAGUCACUGAGGCUAGACUGGAAAAAAGAAAAUAUCAUGAAAAUAUUUCUGUCUUUAAAGAGAGGGCUAUUUAAGUUACAUAAAAUAUCACACUGAAGCGAUCGUCUUCAACUUUUCAGAGUGCUGCAGAGUCCAACGUUAAUCAAAGUGGUUACUUUAAAAGUACACAAGUGACUUGACUGUCAAACUGACCCCUUAACCACAUGAUAUGAUUUCUUUGCUUUCUGAUGGUUUGCAAGAAUCUUAUGUCUGAGCCACAGCAUAUACGCUUUGUAAGACUCCACUUCCCCAACUUGUACCAUAAUUUCCUUUCCUGCUUGUUCCCAACCACAAAUGAACCAUUGAAACUUUUCAGGACACCAUGUAAAUUUUACCUUUAAAUGGGGCUGAUGAGCCAUCUGGAAAAUUUCCAGUGCCAGGUUGAAAAUGCUUUCGAGGGAUCCCUCAACUGUGGCAGGGCUGGACAUGUAACGGAGCAUCAUAUUCUGUCACAUGGGGGACCUAGUCAUUUAAAGGAAACUUUAAAUGCAAAAAUCCCACAAACCAUACCUAUUAAUAAAACCAAUAAGCAUCACAUCCUAUCUAACACCAUCUCAUCUUCUAAAACUUGUGAAUAAUGCGUAAUUCUGAUGAUGAGAUAAAAAUAUUCAACAGCCAGGUAUAAAUACCUCCACAAGACAGAUGAAGUUCACUACUCGGCUUUCUUCUAAUACCAGACCUGACAGUUAGAAGGUUAGCUCAUUGCUUUGGGCCUGAUAGCCAUAUUCAGAAACCACUUCAGCAUUUUUACUUCAGUGUCUCCACAGCAAUGACUCCUCAGAUUUAUCUCUUCAUCCUUCUAUCUAUCAGCUGUUUUUCUGGAUGUUUCUUUUGUCAACCAAUUCUUCUUAAAAUAGAAGAAGAUAUAGAAAAACUCAAAGCUGACUUUAAUUCAAAUCAGUCAGAUGUAGCUGAUGGCGGAUCUAUUUUCACAGAAAGACUGAAAAGUUGGACAGAGACAACUGAAAAAAAAUUAAUACUCAGCCAGAUCAUUUCCAUGUACUUGAAAAUGUUUGAAAAUAAUGGCUCAGCUACAAGUAAAUUGCACGUCAAGAACAUACACAAUGCCCUGGUUACGUUGAACAGCAGCCUAACUGAAAGCUUCAAAAAAGUAAAUCAACUAAUGGAUUUGGCAAAGCUUCCGAUGAAUGAUUUGAAAAACCAACGCAAAGCUGUUAAUGAGCUUUUCCCCACCUUACAAAAACUACUGGACCAUCCAACUACUCACGUAAAGAGAAAAAGGAGCCAAAGUCAGAAAAGGAAAUGUAGAUGUUGAAAGGCUUAGUUAUACCUUUUGUUAUUCCAUUUUUAUAUACAUCUAUUUAUUAAUAUUUAACUAUUUUUCAAUCAAUAUUUAUAACAAAAUCCAUUUUGUAGAAACACCAACAAAGUAUUUAUAAUUCCUACUGCUGCACAAGAAAUGAAUAUGUGUAGAAUUCCUGUUUAUCUUUUACAUGUUUAUUAACUGGAUAAUACAGAACUGUGCAACGUUUACCUGAUAUUCCCUGUGAACUGCAUAUAAACAUACCAUAUAGACCCAAUACCGUACUUAACUGACUUUCUGGUACUAUCUUGAUAGCUAAAAUUAAUACAGUUAUGGCUGAUCAUUUAUUUAAUGGGGCUGGAAAGAGGGCACUGAAUCAGAAAAGCAUCUCAGAAAAGCAAUGAAGAAUGUGCUUAAAGUUAAGUGGAUACUGAAGUCCCACUCAAAUCUAUGGGAUUUAAGUACAUGCCUAAAGAUGAACAUAUGCUAUAAUGCUUUCCUGAACUGGGGCCUUGAUGACUGAUAGAUGCUAACUAUUUUUUUAAAUCCUGAAAUUGUUAGAAGGAUAAGGCAACUAAACAUUGCCAGCUGUCUAACAGGAAGCGUGACUAUAUAUGGUACAUGUAUUAUGUCUGAAUUUUGAUCCACUGAGUUUUUUAAUGUUUCAUCUCUGUAUUAGAGAAUUUAGAAGGUGCCAGAUAUAUUUAUUAUAUAAUAAGUAGCAUACAAGUACUUUAUCUCAGGUGAAUAUACAAAUAGUUGCACUACAAUAUUAUUUAAGACUUUGAUUUCACUCAAAU